AAUGCACUCAUUUAAGUGUUGCUAUGAAAUUAUCUACAGCUUGCUGCGGCAGAUACUGAUUGUCCCACAUUCUGUUUACAAGUAGUAUUUCAACGAGGCCGCCAAGUUUUGUUUCUGAAGACAUGCUCAUUCUAAAUAAUGUCUGUUUUCUAAUAUGUACUAGUUCAGUUUAACGACAGCAAGUUUAUCUGGGGACAGAUUAGUGAUAUAUUACCCAGUGGGCUAGUGGUUCACGUCAAUAACAACGGGGUCACUAGUUCACUGGGCUAAACCAGAU